AUGUCGUCCACAGGGUACCAAAUGUCUACUCCCGCACGUUCGCGUUUGUCCGCACCCGCACUCGAAGGUGGAGGGUCGGACAAUACCUGCUGUCAACAUGACGACAACAAAGAGAAAGGAACAGAGGUCGAGGCAAAGCGGGAUGCAGAUGUAGAGUCAGUGUACAUCGCCAUCGAGCCUCCAGCGUCCAGUGUUACAUAUCCAGAGCAGCCUCCUUCACAACCCAUUCCACCGCCCUCGUUUGAUGCCUCGCAAUUCGGGAUCAUCCUCCGCCACCAACGUCUCCGACCGCCUGACAAUUCGGGCCUCAAGCUGCCGCCACCACAUGCCACCCCCUCGCGCUUUGUACACCUUUCAAACGCGUUCGAGUUUGCUGGGUGGGGGUCGUCGAUUCGAGUCAAGUUGACACAGCGAGAAAAGGAGGUGGGGGAGGAGAGGGUGAAGGUGGAGCGGGAGGAGAGAGAGAAGGGCCUGGGGCAGUGGACUGCUAGUGCUCUGGCGGGGAACGCGGUGCUGGGGAGCGUCUUCUACGCGUUGCCAGCUGUUGUGGGUGUUGCGGGGGUAUACUCCCCCAUCUCACUUUUCAUUGCGGCACUCGUUCUCUUCCUGUGGCGGCCCAUCAUGGAAGAGCUUGCGGCGGCGCUGCCCAUCAGCGGCGCACCGUACACGUACAUCUUGAAUAUAUCCACAAAAUCCCUUGCACUGGUCACUGCUGCGCUCCUGCUGCUUGAUUUCGCGUCGACGGCGAUCGUGUCAGCGGCCACGGCCGCUGCAUAUCUCGCUGGGGAGCUCGGGUCAGGCGACUCGGGACUCCCGUUCCCGACGUGGGUCGGCGCGGUGCUUGUACUCGUGCUCUUCACGCUCGUGAGUCUGUGGGGCGUACGCGAAAGCGCGCGGAUUGCACUUGGUGUGCUGGGUGUGCAUGUGCUAACGAUGCUUGUGCUCGCGAUCACAGCGUGCGUACACUGGGCGUCUAUCGGCACUGCACAGCUCCGCGCGAACUGGGCUCUUGGUGGUGGCCCGGGAGAAGGACGGAGUGCGGGGGCCAUUGCGAAGCAGGUGUACUACGGCGUGUGUCUGGGGAUGUUGGGUUUGACUGGGUUCGAGUGUACGCCAUCGUACGUCUCGCGCAUCAAGCCUGGACGAUUCCCGCGCGUACUGCGCAACCUGCACCUCCCAUCGAUCGUGCUGAGCACAACUAUGAUGCUUCUCGUCCUCGCGAUACUGCCAAUGGAUGUGGCAUUGCGCGGGGAGAACGUACUGAGUGUGUUGGCCGAGGUGUCGGGAGGGAGGUGGCUGCGUCUUUGGAUCGUCGUGGACGCGGUUAUCGUUCUGUGCGGAGGCGUAUUAACAGGUAUUCUAGCUGCGUCAGAGCUGCUCACCCAGCUCGCACAGCACCGCGUUCUCCCAUCUUUCUUUCUUCUCCCUCUGCGCCUGCCUUUCAGACGGCCCAACCCUCUCCCUCGGCUUCCCACCCCUCCUCCGUCCGCCUCCCCCAUCACCACACCUGUCUCCCCAAUCUCAAAUCCGACACCCAGCUCAUCCCCAUCCCCAACACCUCACAUCGCGAUCCUGGUUUUCUCCCUUUUCAGCGGGGCGCUCUACGCAAGUGCGCUUGGCAGUCUCAGCGUCAUUUCGGAGAUGUUUUCCCUUGUGUGGGUGUGCGUGAUGGGCGUGUUCCCGGUUGCUGGCAUGCUUUUAAAAUUUGAGCGGGGAAGACUGGUACGAGGGGUUGGUGUUGGAGUGGAAUUGUGUGCUGUGCGGAACUCUGGGGAACGGAUGAGGGAGAGGGGAGGUGAAGAUGAACAGGUGGAGCAGGGAGCGAAAAGGGGAGUCGGGGGAAGAAGGAAAGGAGGGGAGAGGAAGACGAGGCUUCUUGUUAUUCUCGCUGCGCUUAUCGUCGCGCCGCUGGUCUUUGCGGGGAAUGUAGCGUAUAACCCUAAGACGGCUGGCUACUUCUCCGCCUACUUCAUCGGCAUCCUCCUCUUCUUCUCCGCAACGCAGAACAAAGUUCACCUGUUGCGGUGGCUGUAUUGGGUGUACGACCAGUACCCUUCGCUGCAUGUGUGGCGGGUGACGUCUGCGUGGGGCGAAGGGCUCAUUUCUCUGAUGCGGCGACUGAAGCGACAGCCAGUGUGUAUACUCGUUAAAAGCGAUGAGAUUAAUAGCUUGUUUCAUAUGGUUAUGUAUGUGAGGAAGAACGAGGAGACGUCAUGUUUGAAGAUUAUACAUUUUUAUGAGGAAGAGAAGGAGAUCCCAUCUGAGUUAGAGGCAAACGCGAAAAUUCUAGACGAAGCAUUUCCGGAGAUUACUGUCGACUUGAUUCUGGUAGAUGGGAAAUUUGACCCUGCGCAUAUAGCAGCACUCUCCUACCGCCUUAAAAUCCCGCAGUCGCUCAUGUUUAUGACCUGUCCGGGCCCGACAUUCCCGUACUCUGUGGCGGAGCUUGGGACGAGGAUUAUUUCACUUUAA